GGUUCUCGGCAGCCCACAAGUGUUGAAGUCGUCGCCUCGAGAGGUUAGAGGCCUCGAUCAUGCCUUUGGACGUGAAGCCAAGGCAGGGAAAGCCUAGGUCAAAGAGUCGUCUUCAUCGUGAAGCUCGUUCAAAGCUAACAGUUGCCCCUGCUAGGGGCAGGGACGAGAGUCCUGGCGUCGUCGAGAUGUCUCAGGGGCCUCCGAGUUCUGACGAUGGCAACAAAAACCCGGACGCCCCUCGGCCUGGCUUUCGCAUGUCCGCGAGCCAGUGUCUGCAGUAUUUGUGGGCCCAGAGGUACUUGGGCCUGCUUCUCCUUUUACUCUGGACUCUGGUGAUCUUGUGCUUCCUUGUGAACACCGACUCUCCGUCUUCAAAAGCGAAAUUGCCCUGGCUUGCUGAAGCUGCAGAACUUGGACCCCAGUGGGAAAAUAUGUUGGGCUAUUUCUUUCCAACAACAUGCAUCGUAAGGGACAAUCAGAAGAUAGUGGCGUGUAAUAACCAGCCGGGUCUCAGCAAGAGUGAGUGUUUAAAAUUCAAGUGCUGUGUUUCAACAUUUGGGACCAAAAUCGGAUGCUAUGCCCCACUAAGGGACAAGUCUACACAGAUGCUCCGGGUGUUUGGACUUGCUAUGAUCAGCAUGAUAAUCCUGGGACUUCUGCCCAUGUAUUGCGGUUCUUUUUGCGGGAGGAGGAAAAAGAUGAACAGAAUGGUGACGGUUUUGAAGAAACAGAGAACAAAAAUGAAGAAGGAGCCUAAAAGGAGGAAGACAUCAGAGGAAAGAGCUUUACUUUCCACUUGAGAAUGCAGAUCUGCCAUAGCAGAAGAGAGGAGACUUUCUUAGUCAACCAAAUCCACUUAACUUUCGAAAGACAAUUUUUGUCAUAGUUUCAAAUCAAAUUAAAGUUUCAUUGAAUGCAUCAAA